AAUAAUAAACAGGGGAGAGAGAGAGAGAGAGCGUAGAUUUUUUUGUGCGCACACACACACACGCAUUACUUGCCUCCUCGGCUUCUCAGACGAUAUUCUGCCGACAUCUGUUAAAUAAACACGUCUUCUUCUUCUUCAAAAUUAUGCAUCUCAGCCGCUCUACCGAUUAGAUUGGACGGAGGAAGGAAGAAAUUGUUUUUGUUUUUGUUUUUGUUUUUGGGAUCUGAAGCGAAAAUCGAUGGGGUUCUUCAGCACGAUUCUAGGGUUAUGCGGAUUUGGGAUAGGGAUAUCGAUGGGGCUCGUCAUCGGAUACUUCCUCUUCGUCUACCUCCAGCCCAACGACGUCAAGGAUCCUCAAAUCCAAUCGAUAGCAGACCAAGAUCCCAAAUCCAUGCUCCGUAUGCUUCCCGAGAUCCCCCUCUGGGUCAAGAACCCCGACUUCGACCGUGUUGACUGGAUUAACAAAUUCCUCGAGUACAUGUGGCCUUACCUGGACAAGGCCAUCUGCAAGACGGCCAGGAACAUUGCGAAGCCCAUCAUCGAGGAGCAGAUUCCCAAGUACAAGAUCGACUCCGUCGAUUUCGAGACUCUCACUCUCGGCUCCUUGCCUCCCACUUUCCAAGGGAUGAAGGUUUACCUCACUGACGAGAAGGAGCUGAUUAUGGAGCCUUGCUUGAAAUGGGCUGCUAAUCCCAAUGUCUUGCUCGCUGUCAAAGCUUUCGGCCUCAAGGCUACCGUUCAGGUUGUUGAUCUCCAAGUUUUUGCACAGCCUCGUAUCACUCUCAAGCCACUAGUCCCCAGCUUUCCUUGUUUUGCCACUAUCUAUGUCUCUCUUAUGGAAAAGCCACACGUUGAUUUUGGGCUCAAGCUUGGUGGAGCAGAUCUUAUGUCUAUCCCUGGCCUCUACAGAUUUGUCCAGGAGCAAAUCAAGGAUCAAGUUGCAAACAUGUAUCUCUGGCCUAAGACCCUUGUAGUUCCAAUCCUUGACCCUGCCAAAGCGUUUAGAAGGCCGGUUGGAAUCGUCCAUGUGAAAGUCGUGAGGGCUGUUGGGCUGCGGAAGAAAGAUAUGAUGGGUGGGGCAGACCCAUACGUGAAGAUCAAGCUCUCUGAAGACAAGAUUCCGUCUAAGAAGACCACUGUCAAACACAAGAAUUUGAACCCUGAAUGGAACGAGGAACACAAAUUCUCUGUCAGAGAUCCCCAGACUCAGGUCCUCGAGUUCAACGUGUAUGACUGGGAAAAGGUUGGAAAGCACGAUAAGAUGGGUAUGAAUGUAUUACCGCUGAAAGAAAUGGUGCCUAACGAACACAAAACCUUCACUUUGGAACUGCGCAAGACUAUGGAGGGGGCUGAAGAAGGAGUGCAGCCCGACAAGGAUAGGGGGAAGCUGGAGGUUGAGCUCUUGUAUAAGCCAUUCACAGAGGAAGAAAUGCCAAAGGGCUUCGAAGAAUCGCAAUCAGUGCAGAAGGCUCCGGAAGGCACACCGGCUGGUGGAGGAGUGCUUGCGGUGAUAGUGCAUUCGGCUGAAGACGUUGAAGGCAAGCACCAUACCAACCCUUACGUGCGCAUCUAUUUCAAAGGAGAGGAGAGGAAAACCAAGCACGUGAAGAAGAACAGAGACCCGAGGUGGGAGGAUGAGUUCACCUUCGUGCUCGAGGAGCCUCCGGUGCGCGAGAAGCUGCACGUGGAAGUACUGAGCACCUCUUCAAGGAUAGGUCUCUUGCAUCCCAAGGAAACACUGGGGUACGUGGACAUUCCGGUGGUGGACGUGGUGAACAACAAAAGGAUGAACCAAAAGUUUCACCUUAUCGAUUCCAAGAACGGAAAGAUCCAAAUCGAGCUCGAGUGGCGAACCACCUCUUAGAUUUCGAUUCGAGAAGAGAGAAGAGAAUUGGUUUGAGGUUUUAAAACUCUGUGUUAAGUUGUUGUUGUACAAUACGGGCCUUUAACUCUUAAAACCAGACAUCAGAUUUGCGAAGCCCUUUUUUUAUUUACAUGUUUGUGUCUUU